UAAAUAGCGCGAUCACAUCCUGCAUUUCCAUCUCAAAUCGAAUCAAAAUCAAACCCUAAAUACUCAUUUCCGAAUUCUCCAUCGAAAAUGUCAGGUCGUGGUAAGGGAGGUAAGGGACUUGGAAAGGGAGGUGCAAAGAGGCACAGGAAGGUGUUGCGAGACAACAUUCAAGGUAUCACAAAGCCAGCUAUUCGUAGAUUGGCGAGAAGAGGAGGUGUGAAGAGAAUCAGCGGUUUGAUCUAUGAAGAAACCAGAGGUGUCUUGAAGAUCUUUUUGGAGAAUGUGAUUCGUGAUGCUGUUACAUAUACCGAACACGCUAGGAGGAAGACGGUUACAGCUAUGGAUGUUGUUUACGCUCUCAAGAGGCAGGGAAGAACCUUGUACGGUUUCGGAGGUUGAAGAAGAAGCUAUCUUAUGCUUUUUCUUAUUGAUUAUGUGAAUUUUCUUAGGUUUACGAUGGUGAUUAGGUUUAAUUUGUAAUCUGUAAGGCUGAAUUAAACUGGUGUUUAUCCAGUUUUACCCUAAUUUUAAAGUUUAAAUUGAAAUGAAGGUUUAAUGUUAGCUGGUA